AGGAAAGGAAAACAUCAACAUUUAAUUAUAUAAAGUUACUAGCAGGCUAAACUCAAUAUCGUGAAGGAUUUUCAAACAGUUAACUUAUAUUUAAUUUUAGGUCAAAAUGAUGAUGAUGAAUCCAAAUCCGUUACCUGCUGUUCCAGCAGGCAUUCAGAGUACGGCGGGAGCAGUUCCAGUUAAAAAUGAAAAAGGUGAGCUGUCUAUGCAAAAAGUCAAAGUCCACCGGUAUGUAUCGGGAAAGAGGCCAGAGUAUGCUCCGGUUUCCAGCAGUGAAGAAGAGUCGGAAGAAGAAGAUUUUGUUGAGAAGAAAGCAAUUGCUGCAUCCUCAGGAGCCCCUGUUGCAAGGGAAGGGAGAGUGAGACCACCUAGUGAUGAUGAAGACCUGAUUGAUGAUCCGAGGCUUCGGCGCCUGAAGGGUAGAAGAGCCGAAGACAGCAGAGCUGAUAGUGAUGAUGAAUCCAAAAUUGAAAGACACAGACACAUUCACGAGCCAGAAGUUCUUGACGAUGACGAUGAUUCUGAUGAUGAAAGAGCUAGAAGAAGAAGAGGAAUAGAAAGCAGUGAAGAGGAGGAGGAAGAGGAUGACCUGAGUGAUGAGGAAAUAGAGAGAAGACGACAAAUGUUAAGACAAAAAGUUUUAGAGAGAAAAGAAGAACAAGAAAUGGAAAUUUUGGACAAAGAAGAAGAAGGUCACUCAGCAGAAGAGAGUGCUGAAGAGUCGUCAGAAUACGAAGAAUACUCAGACUCUGAAGAAGAGACAGGUCCAAGGCUUAAACCUGUGUUUGUACGAAAAAGAGACAGAGUUACAGUAAUUGAAAAAGAGAAAGAGAAAGAAAAACAGAGACUAGCAGAAGCUGAAGCAAAGAAAAUGGCUGAAGAAAGGAGACGAUAUACUCUGAAGAUGGUUGAAGAAGAAAUCCGCAAAGACACAGCCAAAACCAAAGGAAUGAAUGAUGAACCAGCCCUGAAUGAUGUCAACACAGAUGAUGAAAAUGAUGAAGUUCAGUACGACGCUUGGAAAGUUAGAGAACUGAAGAGAAUAAAGAGAGAUCGAGAAGAAAGAGAAGCCAUCGAACAGGAGCGGGUUGAGAUUGAGCGGUUGCGCAACAUGACCGAGGAGGACAGACGACAAGAGUUGCGCAACAAUCCCAAGGUUGUCACUAACAAAGCUACCAAGGGCAAGUACAAGUUCAUGCAGAAGUACUACCACCGUGGAGCCUUCUACAUGGACGCAGACUCAGAUUUAUACAAAAGAGAUUUCUCCUCUGCAACAUUGGAAGAUCAUUUUGACAAAACAAUUCUACCUAAAGUUAUGCAGGUUAAGAACUUUGGUCGCAGUGGCCGUACAAAAUACACACAUCUUGUGGACCAAGACACGACACAGUUUGACUCGCCGUGGGUGUCCGAGACAGCUCAGAACCUCAAGUUUCACAAUAACCAGGCAGCAGGAAUGAAACAAGUGUUUGACAAACCAAGUCUGAGCAAACGGAAAAUGAACGCGUAAUUUUGCAUUGUGUAUCUAUAUUUUGUACAAAGUAGAAAUAGUCAAAUUGAAAAUACAUUGUUGUAAAUUGACAGAAA